AUUUGUUUAUCUUAUUUAUUAUAUGUUUCAUUCAUUAUAUAAAGUGGAGAUGCCCAAUGUUAUAAAUUAUUAAAUCAUAUAAAAUAUUAGAAUAAUGUCAAAUUGUGUUAGUGUGUUGAGUUUAUUGUAGCCAAUAAACUACCUUCACUAAUAGUUAUCUAUGGUAAACAACAAUUGGUUUUGAAUAGUUUUAAAACAUAGGUUUACAUUCGCAAAUUUUAGUAAGGUUUGAUAUUAAAUAUUACAAAAUUAAUAUUCUGAUUAACUUAUAGCUAUUGUAUUUGGAUAAUUGAUCAAAAAUCUAAAAAAAAACUAUCAGCCCUAAUAGCGCACAUUUUAUUUGUGAACUUAGUUAGAAAUAAUUACAAUUAAGACUUCUUAAUAUAAGUGAAAGCUAUAGUAACCCACCAUGCUAUUGGUGGGAUUUAUCAUUUUUAUCAGAUAACCUCACUUGUUUUUGAAAAUAAACAGCUAGGAAAUCUAUUACUAUUAUAUUAACAAGUUUAACUAGCUUAUGCAAAUCCUACACGCCCAUUUUAUUGAAUCUAAUUAUUAGAAGUGCUAUAGUUACUAUUCAACGAGAUAUUUUUUUCUUUUUUUUGAAAAUUAUUUGUCACUAUCUUUAAAAAUGCGUUUAGGAAGUAUUGUUGCUGAUUUUACAGCAGAAUCUACCCAGGGUCCAAUAUCUUUUUACAAUUGGAUUGGCGAUUCAAUUUAAAUCUUUGGUUACAACAUAGCUUCUCAUUGUUUGUACUGUAUACACAUACAUUUCAGUAGCAAUCAAGACGGUUGAUCAGCACAAUAGCCCAUAAAGAAAUUAGACGUGUAAUAUGUGCAAUCCAGCCAAUAAAUUCAAGUAUCUCACUAAUGUUAGACUAUUUUCAAAAGACAAUCAUAUGGAAUUUAAUGAGAUUCCUGGACCAAAAUCAUUACCAUUUAUCGGAACUUUGUAUAAAUAUAUUCCUUUUUUGGGACCUUAUAAAUUUGACCGAUUGCACAUGAAUGGAUUAGCAAAAUAUCGUCAAUAUGGUCCUGUUGUUCGAGAAGAUAUUGUUCCAGGUGUUUCUUUACUGUGGAUAUUCAAACCAGAAGAUAUAGAAACUCUUUACAGAAAUGAAGGAAGAUACCCAGAAAGGCGAAGUCAUCUCGCUUUGCAAAAAUAUAGGUUAGAUAAACCUAAUGUUUACAGUACUGGGGGUUUACUACCUACAAAUGGUCCUGAUUGGUGGAAGAUUAGAAAAGCAUUUCAGAAACAUUUAAGUAAAGUCAAAUGCGUUAGACAAUAUAUCAGUAGUUCUGAUACUGUUGUUAACCAGUUUAUUGAACAAAGGAUGAGGUCCAAAAAGGACAUUAAAGAUUUUACACCAGAACUGUUGAGGUUAUUUUUAGAGUUGACUUAUUUUAUUGCGUUUGAUGAAAGGCUUCAAGGUUUUAAUGACCAUGAAUGGAAAACAAAUUCAGAUAGCUCAAAUCUAAUUAAUGCUGCUCAGAAAAUCAAUAGUGCUAUUCUUAAAACUGAUAAUGGACCACAACUUUGGAAAAAAUUUGAUACGCCAAUGUAUAAUAACAUUAAAAAAGGACAUGAGUAUAUUGAAAAAAUUGCUCUACGAGUAAUAAAGAAAAAAUUGUCGAAUUCGAGUAGGGAAACUUCAGAAUCCAAAAUUAACGUGUCAUUAUUAGAUGAAUAUCUUCGUUCAGAUGAAACAAAUGUCAAAGAUGUGGUGGGCAUGACUGUAGACAUAUUGUUAGCAGGAAUCGACACGGUUACAUAUUCGUGUUGUUUCGCUUUAUAUCACUUGGCGAACAAUUUGAAUGCACAAAAUCAAAUGUAUGAGGAAGUAUGCUCGCUUUUACCAAAUUUUAAUACAAAAAUUACUGAAGAAAUUAUUGAACGAGCUAUAUUUACAAAAGCUGUAAUCAAAGAGACAUUUCGGUUAAAUCCUAUAUCAGUAGGUGUUGGAAGAAUAUUGCCCGUCGAAUGUGUAUUUUCUGGAUAUAAAGUACCACCAGGUACUGUAGUUGUAACCCAGAAUCAAGUCACUUGUCGAAUGGAGGAAUAUUUUUAUGAGCCAAAUACAUUUUUACCCAAUAGAUGGAUAAAAGACAAAAUCGAAUAUACGCCAGUUAGUCCAUUUCUUGUACUUCCCUUUGGUCAUGGACCUAGGACAUGUAUUGCUAGACGUCUAGCAGAACAAUUUCUUCAAAUUGUACUUAUAAAAAUUGUUAGAAAUUUUGCUCUGACAUGGAUUGGGCCAAGCUUAGAUAGUAAAUCAUUACUCAUUAACAAACCAGAUGGUCCAAUUCAACUUCGACUUCAAACAAGAUCUACUUAAAAAAUUUUAUAAAAAAUAUAAUUUAUUUAAUUAAUAAAAAUUAUUGGAAUGAAGUGUAAUUAAUAUAAAGCUUUAAAAAACUUUUAUUAGAAUUAAAUUUCCAAUACUUAAUUUAGCCA